UUCGUCUGAAUGCGGGUGGAGAAAAAAACACAUCACACCGCGGAAGCGGAGUUCGUCCUGUUAAACGUGGCGUAGCUCGUAGGGGGAACCGACUGGCUGAAUCCGGCGCCGAGCUGAGGACGUGUACUCACACCCCCCAGAACCCGAGGACGAUCCGGACCGAGAGCAGCACGGAUGCAGCUGAGAUCUGACAGCGGGUGUUGACGCUGGCGCAGCGCGGACAGUCUCUGCUGUGGUUCAGGUCGAAGGGAAUCUCAGGAAGAGCGAUUAUGGCUGAAAACAGCGAGAUGGACGAGGACUGCUUUGAAGAUGCCUAUGAUCGAAUCCCAGUCGCCUCGAAGAUGGACCUGCAGACGUCCAUCGAGGAGUGCAGCAUGGCUCUGAACCUUGUGCUCAACAACAAGUUCUCAGAAGCUUUGGACCUGCUUAAACCCUGGUCUAAGGACAGUAUGUAUCAUGCUCUGGGUUACAGCAGCAUUCUGGUGAUGCAGGCAGCCAUGACCUUCGAGCACAAAGACAUCCAGACUGCCAUGGCAACCAUCAAAGAGGCACUGCACACCUGCCAUAGGUUCAGGAAGAGAAACUCAAUGGUGGAGUCUCUCUCCAGUUUGGUCUCUAAACAAUCAUCUGACAGACUGAAAGAAGAGCAGAUGCAUGCAGAGAUAUGUUACGCUGAGUGUCUGCUACAGAAGGCCACACUAACAUUUGUACAGGAUGAAAAUAUGAUCAGCUUCAUUAAGGGGGGGAUCAAAAUACGCACAAGCUAUCAGAUUUACAAGGACUGCCAGCAUGUGUUAAACAUGUCUCAGGGUGUGGGCGGGGAUACUGACACCUUUGCACAAUUUGAAGGCGGAGUCAAGCUGGGCAUUGGCUCCUUCAACCUGAUGCUGUCUCUGCUGCCCGCCAGGAUUCUCCGACUGCUGGAGUUUAUUGGCUUCUCAGGGAACAGAGAAUUUGGUCUGUCUCAGCUGAGGGAGGGGGCAGCAAGUCACAGUAUGAGAGCCAUUCUCUCCGUGUUAACACUGCUCCUUUACCACACAUACGUCUGCUUAAUUCUCGGUACAGGGGAAGGAAACCUAGUGGAAGCAGAAGCUCUGUUAGAGCCUUACAUGGAGAAAUUCCCCAAGGGCUCCAUUAUCCUGUUCUAUUCAGCCAGGAUAGCUGUGCUGCGGGGACACUUCGAGAAGGCUCAGGUGAAGUUUGUGGAGUGCAUUAACACUCAGCAGCAGUGGAAGCAGAUCCAUCACCUGUGUUACUGGGAGCUGAUGUGGUGUCACUCCUUCCAGCAGCAGUGGAGGGAAGCUUACCGCUACGCUGACUUACUCUGCAAGGAGAGCCGCUGGUCUAAGGCCAUCUACGUGUAUCAGAAAGCAGCGAUCCUCAGCAUGAUGAGCGAGGAGGAGGUGAAGAAGACCGGAGAAAAUGUGGUGGAGUUAUUCAGGCAGGUGGAGGGCCUAAAGCAGCGUUUAGCUGGUAAAUCCAUCCCCACAGAGAAGUUUGCAGUGAGGAAGUCUCGCAGAUACUCAGCUGAGAAACCUGUUAAGCUCAUCAUUCCCGCACUGGAAAUGAUGUAUGUGUGGAACGGGUUCACUAUCGUGGGAAAGCGAGCAGACGCCACAGAGAGUUUACUCAUCACUAUUGAGAAGGCAGAGGAGCAGCUCCGCACUGACCCCAACCCAUCAGAGUUCCACCCAGAUGAUCAGUGUUUGGUGCAGAUGCUGAAGGGUCUGUGUCUGAAACAUCUGGGCAGGUUACUGCAGGCGGAGCUCUGCUUCACACAGGUGCUCUCCAGUGAGAAGCGUAUUUUAUAUGAUCACUACUUGGUCCCUUUCACCCUGUACGAGCUGGGCUUACUGUACAAACAGCAGGGAGACUUCGCCAAGGCAACACGCUACAUUGAGGACGCCAAGUUGAACUAUAAGGACUACUCUAUGGAGUCUCGCCUUCACUUCAGAAUCCAUGCAGCUCUAAACAGCCUGAAGGGUUCACCGGUCAGUUCACCAUAGCGACAUUACGGGCUAACCGCCUAGGUCUCACAUCUGACCAACCAGACCAUACCAGACCAUUUGAUACACACAACAGCAUGAGUCGCUGUGGCAACCAGCUGCUACAAUGCUGCAGCAGAUAAUCACGGGAACAAAAGGAGCGCUAACUGUAGGAAACGCAGAGCAACAUCACAAACCAAAGCCAGCAUCCUCUCUGCUUAUCUGCACACGGACAGAGAGGUAGAGUUAAAGCGCUUUUAUAGACGUAGAAGUUCAUGGACACUUGAUCAUUCUCUCUCUCUUACUCUCUCUCUUUCUUCCACACGUACACACACAGACACACUGGUACCUCAGCUCAGACAAGUUUAGAGAACAGAAGUUGGUUUAGACGAUGUGUCUCCAGUUUGUUCGUAGUUCAGUUCGGUCAGUCUGGGAACUGAACCAACCAGCAGCUGCUUUUUAUGAAUGUCUUACUGUUUUAGACCAAAUCUUUGCAUUUGUACGUAUACGUGUGUGUGUGUAUCUGCGUGACGAUGUGCCUCUGUGUGUCAGUUGAAAUGUGUGUAUGUAUGUGUAUGUGUUUGUUACCGUACGUGUCUUUCUGUGUUCUGAAGCCUCUUUUUGCAUGACGUUUAUCGAGUUCUUACAGCUAGUCCUAUUUUUCUGCAGCUUUCCUGCUUUUAAACGUUGCAUAGUCGCUUCUGUUGGGAAAACAGUGCAAUAGCUGAAAGCUGAGAGAUGACCACCUGAUCUCCCUUCUGAUCUGCUUUCAUUAACGCUGUUGCUGUAGAGUACGUAAAUUUGCUUCUGUUGAUGCAGCUUUAAGCACCAUUUCAGAACAACAGUAUGAUCUGAAAGCAAUAAAUGAUUAGACAAAAAAUAUAUCUAUAAUAUAUAUUUUUAAAAUUUGAGUUUAUAUAUAGAAUUAGCUUAAAGGCACAAGGACAUUAUAAUAUAAUAAUAUAAUGAUAAUCAGCAGUUAUAUGAGUCUUUUUUUCUUUUUUGUGCAGUGAGUGAACAUGAUUGAUAUUUGAAGAAUUGAUAAAAUAAGAGAAAACUAGAUUAUUUUUUAUCUAUUAUCUGAAUCUACAUGCAGAUGAAUUCUUGCAGCUUGAAUUAUUUUUUCUUAAAGUGGGAAAAACUAAAAUCAUAACAAUUACACGGUAAAUAUUACUACCUAAACCUACCUACUAAUGUAAAAGUCUUAAACUGAAAAAAAUCCAUUAUUUCAUAAACCAUUUAUUUCUGUAUCUGUAUUUUAUUUUUUUAUUUUUAUAUUAUUACACGUUGAAUGACUAGAAAUUACUUCGUCUUUCAACUGACUUUUUUUAAACCAAAACACUAGAAAAUCCAAAUUUUACAGCAAAUAAAAGUAUAAAUUAUAAUUAAUAAACAAAAAUCCAGUGUUUUUUUAUGUUUAUCCAAAGUAUUCCUAAACCUUUCUUUACUUUCGACCAAUCAGAACAAGUUAUUUGACCUCCUACUACAUUCACUUGCUCAGUGUGUAAUUACAGCACUGUGUGGGUUUUAAGAAAGAAGAAAUAUUGCUUUUGACUGACUUUGAAUUACUUUAUUUAUUGCUAUUAAACAAACAUACCCUUUUAUUUAGCCUUGUUUGUGUGUGUAUAUAUUUAUAUAUAUAUAGGGUAUUUAUAGGAUGGCUGAUGUUUUGAGAUUAUGAGGACACGCUCCUGCUAGCCUACAAAUUCAGCACAAAACGUCAUUCAGUUACUACAUUAAAGUAAAUAUUGUCAAGCCAUAAGCUGCAGACUGCUAGUUGCCUUCUAUUUAUUAUGACUGUAACUCAGUGUACUGUAUAGAUAGUAAGUUGACACAAUGAGAAAAAUAAAACACGUAAAGACGUACUGUAGGAUUUAUUUUUUAUCAUGGAAGACCAAAUUGCACAAUAUGCUGUGUAUAUUUAAUAUAUAUGUGUAUAACAAAAACAAUCAUGUGAUCAAAACAUUCAGAUUUAUAAAUGCACCAUUUCCCCAUGCAGACGUAUGUAUGUGUGUGAAUAUUGUAUGUUGUGUUUGCUUCAUCACACAAGUGCAUUCAUGAUUCCGUAGCUCUGCUAGUUUGAACAUUAAUGAGCAGGGUUUAAUUUGUUUUCUGCUCACAGAGAAAAAAAACUAAACAGUGAAGAUGACCACAGUUGUCUUUAAUAAGCUGAAAUGUUGAAUGACUUUACAGGGUUGGUCAGACUGUAAUGUUUAGACUCUGAAGUAAAGCUUUUCAGCAGCUUCUGGGACACAAAUGGACUGUAACUCCCUGACUGUAAUAUUUUUUUAAGAUGAAACACCUACAUUCAUAAUAUGUCAGAUGCACAUCUUGAAACACAUUUACAGUGGAAGUCAGUGGAGAGAUGUUAUCUAGAAUAACACGAUUUUAAUGGAAGUCAAUAUGUAAGUGCUUUAUCUCGAAAAACAUUAUAAUGACAUAAUAAUGUCAAUGGGCAGAUGCUUUAUGCAAAAACAGAUUAAAAAGAAGAAUCUGCCAUUUAAAACACAUUUAUUAACAGUCAAUAGGCAGGGGCUUCAGAUAAAAUACGUAUAUAAUAAAUUAAAUGGGUUGGAGCUACAAUUUGACACGUAUUUAUAAUAGAAGUCGUCAUGAAAGCUUUAGAUACAUUAUCAGUCAAAAGUUUGGACACACCUCUUUUCAUUUAAUGUGUUUUCUUUAUUUUUAUGAUUUUUUUUACAUUAUAAAUUUAAUAUCAAAGACUGUGGAAUUAUUUUGUAAACAAAUAGUGUUAAAAACUAUGUUUUAUAUUUUAAAUUUUUCUAAGUAGUAAAUUUAGCUUUAAGGGCAGACUUGAUUUAGAUUUGCUCACUGUCCUCAAAUCUGGUAUUUUAAUCUCAGUGUCUUCAUGAGGGAGAGUCACCUGGAAUAGUUUUCUUAACGUCUUUAAGUAGUUUCUGGAGGUGCUGAACAAUAAUUGCUUCCUUUCCUUCAUGCUGUAAAGCUCCAGCUCAUCCCAAAUCACCAAAUCAUCCAUCUCUGAUGGGUUUAGAUCCGGGGAUUGUGGAGGCCAAACACUUCUUUUGUCUACUACAUAAUUCCAUAAGUAUUUAAUAUUAAUUUACAAUGUAGAAAAAAAUUAAAUAUAAAAAAUAAAAAAAGCAUUCAAUGAGAAAUUCCAAAGUUUUGACUGGUACUGUAGCUAAUGAAUGCGUAGAUCAUGUAAAAUACAGCAAGUGGGCUCUAGCAAGGGAUGUUAAUAGAGAUUUUCCACAGCAUAUCUACACUAAUUUCUAUUAUAUGUUAUAUGUAUUUUGGUUCUUUUCUGCCUAUAGAAAAAGCUUUAAAAAUAUUAUCCAGGGUGGCCAACUACGUAUGUAUGAUAAAGCAUCUGCCCUUUGGUAUUAUUUUCAUUUUAGGGACGUUUUGUUUUAUUGACCAUACACAGCAGAUGCUGCCGAUUAUGGAUUAGGUUGAAACAUGGGGGAUUGUCCCUAUUAAAACAUGGAACUUAUCCCUUUACAAUUCAUUUUAUCACUGUAUUGCCUGUUACAUGUAUCGUUUUAUAAGAGUUUGCUUGUAAAAUAGUUUUACAGGACUGAGAAAAUGUUUUGUAUGAGAACGAGAUGUAAGUGUAAUUCAGUGAUGUUAUGUGUUACUAUUGUAUGAAGGGAAAUACAGUGAUGAAAUCUUUUAUUUGAAUAAAUUUUGCUUCUUAA